CGUGAUUGGCUGCAGCGUGUCCUCUCGCUCGGGCCUGACGGGCAGGAGGGGGGGUUAUUGUGUGUGUGUGAAGCUGAGAGUACGCGGCGGUACCGGCAGCAGAGAGGAGCAUAAACACGGGGGCAACUCGGUCAGCAUUCACUAACGGCGACGCUCGGAGCUCUGGAUCAUGGCUGGUGGUAAGGCUGGGAAGGAUAGCGGGAAGGCUAAGGCCAAAGCAGUAUCCCGCUCACAGAGAGCAGGACUGCAGUUCCCAGUGGGCCGUAUCCACAGACACUUGAAGACCCGCACUACAAGCCACGGAAGAGUUGGUGCUACUGCAGCAGUGUACAGUGCUGCCAUUCUGGAAUACCUUACUGCUGAAGUGUUGGAGUUGGCAGGAAAUGCCUCUAAGGAUCUAAAAGUGAAGCGUAUCACUCCUCGUCACUUGCAGCUAGCCAUUCGUGGUGAUGAAGAAUUGGACUCCCUCAUCAAGGCCACCAUUGCAGGAGGAGGUGUCAUUCCUCAUAUCCACAAGUCUCUGAUUGGAAAGAAGGGACAGCAGAAAACUGCAUAAGGAAAAGGCCCUGCUUCCCUCUACCAUUGUACUGUAACUGGGACAGAUGAAAAAUGGGGAUAUGUGGAAUUUGUUUUGUUUAUUUUUUCGUCAAAAUUUUACUUUUUCUAAAAGAUAGUUAAAAGGAAGGUAAUAGACAAAGAGUAGACUUAAGGUUAAACCUUUGUAUGUUGUUUAGGUUCAGUUUCACGAAGAAAAAAAAAAAAGUUCCUGGAGUCUUGUAAAUGAAAUCUGUAUGUUGAUUGGCUAGGUUUCUCCCGUGUGUGUUUUAUACAAAAAUGGAACAGAUAAACCAUUUUUUACAGAA